CAAUCCCCGGAGCGGCCAAAGGGCUGGUGAUGCACGACAGCACCGGGAACACUGCUCUCUCCCCCGGCGUGAGACACCCAGGACCGCUGCGGCUGCUGCCGGACAUGGGGCGGGACCUCCUCUGUGGAACUAACCGUGUGUGCGCCCAUGUGUCCGGGCAGUGAGUUUGGAAAAAGCCGAAGAUUUGGGUUCUACUUAGUUUUUUUUUUAAUUUAACCUGCGUUCACACACAUCUGCAGCGAUGCGGGCUGCGGAGCGGAGCCGAGCCCGAGCCGGGGUGUUCCUCUGCCUCCUUGGAUACCUCCUCUCCGGAGCUGCCGCCAAAACGCUGCCGGAGGACCAGGCCACCGAAGAGGUUACUCUGAAGGUUCACCUGAGCGAUGCCAGCACUCACCAGCCCCUGGGAGGAGCCGCUAUUCAGCUCUUCGCCAACCACACGUCUGUAACCACGGAAACCUCAUCAGCUGAUGGCAACACCUACCUGCGCUUCCCCUACCGCCUUGGUACACCACUGGUCGUCACUGCAACUAAACAGGGAUAUGUGCCAAACUCUGUGCCCUGGACUCCCUCUAGAUUACCUGUGUUUUCCUCCAUCAGCCUGGACCUGCUCCCAGAAAGAACUGCUACUCUGAUGGUGUAUGAAGAUGUGGUGGAGAUUGUGUCAGGCCUACAAGGUUUUCGACGUCAGCCCAACGUUCAUUUCCCCCGCAGAGCCCUGAGUCUUCCUGCCAACACGUCCUAUGCCAACCUGACCGCUCUGCUCACCGUGGCCAGCACCCCCUCACACAUCCAGCACUUCCCCCACCUGCAGGUCCUCGGCGGCAACGGCACAGGAGCUGAGAGCAAGUUUGAGUUGACUCCCGUGGCAGCCAUCUCUGUUCAUCUACUGGCCGGUGACGGUGUGGAGCUGCAGGUGAAUGAGCCAAUCACGGUGUGUGUGCCCCUGCCGGCUGACAGCGGCCUGAAGGAAAAUGAUCACAUCCCUGCUUGGAGAUUUGACCCCCGCUUGGGCGCCUGGAUAAAGAGCAGUUGGGGUCAUGUGCAGAAGGAGGGCAACCAGCUCAGUCUGACCUACAUUGCUCCUCAGCUAGGAUAUUGGGUGGCCGCCAUGUCGCCACUGCACUCAGAUCCAUUGGUUGCGAAGGAUAUCAGCACAUACCACACUGUGUUUCUACUGGCCAUACUGGGAGGCAUGGCUCUCAUUCUGCUUUGCCUGCUGUGCCUUCUGUUGUACUACUGCAGGCGUCGUUGUUUGAAGCCUCGAGGGUCUCGACACAAGUUCACGUUGUCCUCCGGUCUGGACAGUAGUAAGAGGGACCAAGCCACCUCCAUGUCCCACCUCAACCUCAUCAGCAAUGAGGUGCAGCUGGAGCUUGUUUCUACAGCAACUGAGCCUGACAUGACCACACCGAUGCUGAAGCCUUUCUCAUAUGAGCAUCAAGACAAUCAGUGUCAGCACAGCUUAAUACAUCACAGCAAACAAAGCCGCUCCUCUCUCGGCAACAGCCACCAAGGCUCAUCUCUUGGCAACCUGACGCCCCGCAGCAGAGACUACCGGCAGUCUGUGGAGACGUUCCAAUUAAAGGCCGGACUUCCAUCCGGGACAGACCGGGGCUACCGCCAAUCAUACACCUCCGUCUGCUCGUCCAGCAACCCGAUUUCAGAGGCAUUUUUGUCAGCACAUCAUGGUCAGGUGUCAACUAACCAGCUGAGCAAUAUUGGUAUGGUUGAUUGUAUCUCCCCUUCCUCUCCUCCCCACUCCCCCAUAAGAGUGGAGGGAGUUGAGUGCAGGGCUCCUGACUACCUUCUGUCCCGGUCUGUGGACCACCUGGAGCGCCCCAGCCCCCCUUUGCUCUCCCGUCCAGGUCAGCUGCUCUGCUGUGGAUCUGUGGACCUCCUGAGUGGGGGAGAAGGAUACCCGAGGGUGCGCCCCACACUGGUGAUCCCAGCACACUACAUGCGCCUUCCUGGGGAGCACCCACUCUCCGGUCAGGCCCUCUUGUUGCAGUCUGACCAACAGAGUGACCUUGAGACCAUCCAGGCAGAGCUCAAUGCCUCACAUUCCCAGCAGCCCCUGGGGCAAGCCUCCACAGACUGCAUGCCAGGUCCCAGCAAGCAGGGUGACCGAGGGGGGCGUGGCCUAACUGAGUCUAUGUCUAUUCCAGGAGCACUAGGCGAAACAUCUCUAGUGGAAAUAAAUAGUGAGGACACCUUGUGGGCUGAAAAGACUUUAAUGGAGCUCAGAGGAGGAAAGCCUCUUCUUCACCCACGAGCCUGGUUCGUCUCACUGGAUGGACGCUCCAAUGCUCAUAUUCGCCACUCCUACAUCGACCUCCAGCGGGCGGGGUGCCCAAACAACAUGCCCGGGUCAGGAGGUCAGCAAGGCAGGAGGCAUGGCAACGGCAACGAUGCCAGUCUGGACUCUGGCGUGGACCUGAAUGAGCCGAGAGCGGGGCGCAGGGGGAGAGACGUGGUGCGGAAGGAAAGAAGGAUUGAGAAAGACAGGUCGAAGAGCACAGCACCGGCCAUGGCCUACACUCAGCUGGUGUAUGUGGAUGAUCUGGAUCGAGGAGGCAGCGAUGAGGAGACAUCCAGCUCCAGCCCUCAGGACAUCAAAACAGGACCUGUCCUGUCAGACAAAGCAGAGUGUCAAACAGAAGAACUGGGUCAGGGGGAUGUGACGGGGAAAGGAGUAGAGGGGGUACGAAUACAAGAGCAACCCCCAUCACUUUCCUCUUCCGCUCCUUCUUCUCCUGCUUCUCCUUCUUCUCCUCCUGCUUCUCCUCCUGCCUCUCCUGCUGCUUCUCCUCCGCCUCUGCCAAAACCAGAGGGAGUGACUUUCCAGUCUGAGCACACACUGAUGUCAGUAUCUCCAGUUGAUGAUGUACCGCAGGAGGACGGCGAGGGGGAGAAGAAGAGUCCAUGGCAGAAGAGAGAGGAGCGACCCCUGCUGUCCUUCAACCUGAAAUGAUCACCAGAUGGCCCCUUAAAGGACAGGUUCACAUGCUUUUGAGUUUUUAAAUAACCCACAUGCCAACAUUGAAAGUUGGUUGAUGGAUGAUGUAAUUGUUCAUACUUUCCAUCCCGGCCCUGAAGAAAUCAUAAUCUACAAUGACAAUCCAAAGUCCUUGUUCUUUCUGAUUCUGAAAUUCAACACUUUAUUAAUCUCAAUAGGAAACAGAUGGGUUAAAGAUACACAUCAUUUAAAAAAACAAAUUACACAAGGCAAAAGUCUAAUCAAACAAAUUUGCUUGAACUUAAACCAGGGCAAUACUCUAUUUACAAUUUCAAACUGAGGAAUAUCAUUUUAAAAAUAUUUUUUGUAGUGAACCUGUCCUUAGACCACGACUCCCCCUCUGCCCAGACUACAACCUGAAGGAUAUGACCUUUUUCAAAAUGAAACUCUUUGUCCUUUCUAAUAGCACUGAGAGAAUAUGUCAGCACUGGGAUCCCCUCUGGACCUGAAGGGGGCGUCUUGAUCCUUCAUGAACUUCCAUCUUCCCUUCAGGAAGUGACCACUGUCCACUUUGUCAUUCUCGCCACACACUACACAGAAAGUCCACUUUUCAAGCUUGAUGUACACACAACCCGAGAAGGGCAAAUAGACUUUGAUGGCAAGAAAUGAGAAUAUUUUAUGCACAACAAAAUAUGCCUUUUUCCUUUUUUAUAAACAGCCCUGCGAGUGUAAAUGACCUGUAGAAACAAAUGAUGGGUGGUUCUCACAAAGACUACAGGAAUCUUUUUAAUUUUUUUUUCUUGAGCCAUAUUGGCCUCGGUCCACUGGUAAAACCUGGGAACACACUACCCUCAUUGAAAGCAAGAUUAUAUCCCAUAUUUAGAAAUCAUUCGGACAGAUUUUUAGUGCGAGCAGCUGCUCUUGGAUGCACAACGAUCAGCCCUGAAAUCCUGUACUUUGAAAGGUUUUGAAUAUGUCGCUAGAAUUUAAUCUAGUUAAAGAAAACUGUACGGGUGUUUACAUGAUCUCUACAGGGGGAUGACGCUUUUGGACUGAAGAAAUGAAACCACUAUCCUGCUUCUACAGCGUAAUCAGAUAAUGUGACACACCACUACGCCGGUGGAUGAGGAUCUACGACCACUAGGAAACUGUAGCUCUACCCAGAGUGAUUGUGAGGAGUAUUAAUAUGAAGGGUUUUUGUAUUUAGUGAACCACUGACUGGCAUAUAUUUUUUUUUUGCUCUGAUGGCUAUGCAUCACUUUUAUACGUCUGCUUGAGAUGCCUUUUUUGUCAUUUUAAUCACUAUGGUUUUAAUUGCCAACAUGAAGUAUUUUAUCCAAAAAUAGGCUUUAUUGUUUAAUCUUCAAAUAUUUUAAGGGCUUUUCUUCUUCACCUGCCUUAUUGUUGGUUACAAAAACAGACACACACGCUAGUAUGUACCUUUGACCUGAAACCAAACUGUUUUUCGCUUAAUUUCACCUUAAUUCUUACCAUUUCCUGAUGUUCCAAGUGCCUUUUGAACAACCUGUUUCAACCUUAUUCAUUUCUCACCCUUUUUUGCCUUCAGCUUUCCUCCACUACCUCAGCCCUCCCUUUCUCUCCCUCUUGUGAAAGAAAGCAUGCAGUAAAACUUUCCUCCGCACUACAAGCUACACUGCAGACAUCUCAGUAAAAUGUCUACCAGCUGCUGCAACAGUAAAAAUCCUCUACAGCAAUCAACGAGGCAGCGAUUUCUCUUUUUCAGCGUAGCACAAGAUACAUAAAGCUAAGUGUGACUGUACGUGAAGCUAAUCUGCAGGUCAUUAAGAUGCAUCUUUAUUAUCUUCCUGGAGGGGGUGAAUGUUUAUGUAAAUGUUUGUGUAAAUGUUUUAUGUGUGUGGUGGUAGUGUCCAUCUGCGAUGCUGCCGGCUGUGAGUUUGUGUUGUCAGAAUGCGUGUCCACGUGAGAGUGCUAACAAGUAAUCAACAGACAUCCACUCAAAAAUCAUACAGUCAUAGCAAUCAGAGAGUGUAUAGUUCUUUCCUUUCCUCUGCCGGGUCAAAAUGUUGCGUGAGUCGAUGUUGUGAAUGAACUCUUCUCUCCCAUGGCAACCUCCGCUCCGAGGGUGGAGUUGCAAUACAGGAAUGCUGAGUGUGUAAAUCGGUUGCUUGCAUUAUAUUUGAAGCCUAUAAUUCUGAAUAAACAGCCAAACUGGAA